CAAUUUUGUGGUGAUUUUGUGUGGUCAGAAUUUUUUGUGUGAGAAAAAAAAGUAUGGACUGCACAACGGCAAUGGACUCAUCCUCAACGACAAGUGAACGUAGUAGCCAUGCAUCAUCACCAAGUAAUGGUCCAACUCCAUUAAUGGUGAAACAACAACCUUUAUCACCUUCUUCAAAUAACAAUAACAAUAACACAACGUCCAGUAUCAAUCAUAAUCCGGGGAGUGGAAGUCCACAUACGCUGCCACCGCCACCUUCACACCAUCAUUCACGGCAUAGUCCUUUAAGUGGACCACAUCCAGGUGUACCUGCACAUCAUUUAGGCGGUGGUAUGCCUCAUCCGCUAAGUCCACCACCGGUGGGACCACGAUUAGCACAAUCGUUGCAAGCACAUUUACCACCACCCGGUUUGGGAUUAUUGGGAUCACUUGGUGUUUCCGGUAUGUUAGGCCAUCAUGGUCCACUUGAUUUAAUGGCCGCACAUCAUGGUCCACCACGAAGUUAUAAUUCUCCACCACCGAUAUCAAGUUCGGAUCCCACAGCGAAUGAGUGUAAAUUGGUUGAAUAUCGUGGCCAAAAAGUUGCUGCAUUUAUAAUUGCCGGCGAUACAAUGCUAUGUUUACCGCAAGCUUUCGAAUUAUUUCUAAAACAUUUGGUUGGUGGUUUACAUACGGUUUAUACGAAAUUAAAACGUCUGGAUAUUGUACCAUUGGUGUGUAAUGUUGAACAAGUACGAAUUCUUCGAGGACUUGGUGCCAUUCAACCGGGCGUUAAUCGUUGUAAGCUGUUAUCAUGUAAAGAUUUCGACAUCUUAUAUAGGGAUUGUACAACGGCCAGGUGUUUCACAAUGAAAGCAACAGAAUGGCCCGGACGUCCACCAAAGCGCGCACCAGUUGGUUUAAGUUUAGCUGCAUCACAUUUACAUCAUCAGCAAAUGAAAAAACAUCGACUUGACAAUGGUGAUUAUCCACCACCGUACGAAAAUGGUCAUAUGGAUAUGUCAAGAAUGGAAAAAUCACCAUUACUAGCAAAUGGUUACAAUCACCCGCCACAUCUAAGUCAUAUGCAAUUUAUGCAAUUACCACAUCCGGCCGCUGCACAUUCAGCAUUACUGUCACCGGGUAUGCCACAUGGAUUAGGACGUCCUGACGGUUCAGUAAUUAAAAAUCAAGGAAUGCCACCUGCCAUGGAAGCAAUUGCAAGAUCUGGUAUUUGGGAAAAUUGUAGAGCAGCAUAUGAAGAUAUUGUUAAACACCUCGAAAGGUUACGUGAAGAAAGGGGAGAUGUAGACCGAGCGCUUGCAUUAGAUCAAAAAGUUAGGGAUCUUAGUUCACAUCAUGGUUCACCUAAUGGUCAUAGCCCUGUAUUAAAUUUAUCAAAAAGUGGUGGAAACGGUGGUGGCUCAUUAGGAUCAAAUGAUGGUGAUAAUGAUCCAGAUCAUUCUGGAAGUGAAGCAGAUGGUCCAGAAACAGCGUUACCUGUUGGUGAACCACAUUCACCUAGAUCAAAUUCUGAGCACGAAGAAGAUGAACAAUUAAGUGAUCCUGAAGAAGAAGAUGAAAAAGAUCAAGAUUUGGACGAUGGAGCUGACUUACCCAUACCGGCAAUACCAAAUAGUGAUUCACAGCAAGCAUUAAAUUAUUCAACAUUAGCAUCUGCUGUUGCGGCUUCGGCUGGCCGUGAUGGUGGACGUGGUGAUCGUGAUAAUGGUUCUGGAACACCAGGCCCACAAGAUCCAAGUUUAUCAUCAACCGAAACAUUAUUACGCAAUAUACAAGGACUAUUAAAAGUUGCAGCCGAUAAUGCCCGGCAACAAGAGCGUCAAAUCAACUACGAAAAAGCGGAAUUGAAAAUGGAUGUGUUACGAGAACGUGAAGUGAAAGAUAGUUUAGAACGACAGUUAGGUGAAGAACAAAAGUUACGAGCGAGUAAAUAA